AUGGAAACAAAGGUGGAUUUCGUGGAGAUCAUGAAGAGGCCUGGCCAGACCCUCGGCCUUUACAUCCGCGAAGGCAACGGAGUGGAUCGAGGCGACGGGGUCUUCAUCUCCCGGAUCGCCCUGGAAAGCCCGGUCUAUGGGUCCGGUUGCCUCAGGGUCGGGGACGAGAUCCUGGCGGUCAACCUGGUCGACGUGACGCGGAUGAGCCUGGACGACGUGGUCAUCAUCAUGUCCAUCCCCCGUCGACUAGUGCUGACCACGCGGCGGUGCAAGCCGAGUCAGAGGGCCGCCUUGAUGUCGCCUCCGCCGAUGCGAUCCGAGUGUCGACCGCCCCCCGUGGUCGUCAUGAAGAAGAUCAUCGACGAGCCGGACGAGGAGAACAACCACCUGGAUUACGAACCCGACUUCCCUCGUUACGGGAGCCUGGGAAGACCCAGGAAUUACUACGGAGGACGUGUGCCGGGUGUUUAUCGGGACUACCAGGGUCGGUUCCAGACCGGCUCCCUCGGACAUUCCUACUCCAGUACGGGUCGAGAUUAUAAUUACGGGAAGGAACACGUGGAACCCCCUCACUACGGGAAGGAGCCUGUUGGAUCCAUGUACCUGGAACGGGACGAGAACCUGUUCUACAACAGCCGGCCGAUGGGAGGCGAGAUACCGCCGACGAGCAGUUACAUGCCGCCGCCGCCGGUGGUGACGGAACAGCCUCGACCCUCCCUGCCCUCUUUGCGACGGGGGACGCUGGAGUCCCUGGCGGAACGGGUCCAUGCCUUCCACGGGGCCGCUCCGCCGUCUGCACUGGACGAUUCCAUCCGGCGGAUGCGGGCGAUGCAGCAGCAGCAGCCGUUCGGGUAUGCAGAUGCGAGGCGGGGACCUCCACCGCCGCAUCCGAUCAGGAGUUCCUCGCUCAGGAUGCCUCCUUAUUCCCACGUGGGGAGUGGGUACGACUCCCUGCCGCAUCGGAGUGCGUUGGGGAUGCGGCGGCGGCCGUACAUGCCCAUCUCGGGGAUGAGGAACCUGGACUAUAGUUCCGAUACGGAGGUCAUGAUGCCGAGUUCCUCCGCCACGCGAUUCUUCCGCGGUCGGCCCGUUCUGGAAAGCCGGGUCGAGGACAACGAUGGUGCUAUCUCUGCUCCGGAAAUUUCCACCAGUGCCGAACGAUUGCCAACUCUGCGAAGUUCGUCCCCGGUGGAGGCAGAAGGAAUGAUCACAGACCCCGAGGCGGACGACCGGGAGAGUGAAGAGAGGAGGCGGAGGAGGAUGAGAAUGAGGGGGAUGGGGGAGGAGGACGGUCUCGGUCUCGGGAGGGCUCCCUCCACCAGUGCCAUCUAUGAGAGGCUCCGGGGACUGCGUUCUGCCUCCCAUGCCGCCAUCUCCCCGCGCUAUACGGCCAGUGCCGAGAAUAUCCUUCAUUCCGCCUCCCGCAUUUCUGAGUCGGCAGGACUGUAUUCCCACCUACCUCACCUGGGCCUGGGUCGAACUUCCGCCUCUAGUACUGGGCCCGGCAUAGGACUCGGCCUCCAUGGGUUCCCUCUUCCUACCUCCCAUCAUCCGCUCACUGGAUCUGAACAUUCUAAGAUCCUCGAUCUCAACACUGCAGAUUUCGUGAAGUACAAGCUGGCUAAGGGGAGCGUGGGGACGCCUGGAGACCGCGUGAGCGGGAUCCUUGACGUGCAUCUGAUGGCAGGCCGAGGAUUACGAAGUUCAAGUUCCAUGGGACGAGGAUCCGGAGAAAGGAUAAGAACGAUGAGGGACCUCUACUGCGUUCUCGAGGCGGACCGCAUCCACAAGGCGCGAACUGUCGUUCGAACCGGCGACCAUUCCUUCGAUUGGGAUGAGACCUUUCACCUCGACCUCGUUCACAACAACGACCUGGACUUUCUCAUUUACUCUUGGGACCCACAAUAUCGACAUAAGCUCUGCUACAAGGGCUCUUUGAACCUUCCGACCCUGUUGAGCCAAGGGACUCAGCAUCAAUUAGCUCUCAGGGUCGACCCUCGCGGGACACUGUAUUUGAAACUGCGCUUCAUGGACGCUAAUGCUGCGUAUCGGAGAACUCCAUGCCCCCGGAAGAGUGGACUAUUCGGAGUGAACCUGGAGUCGGUGGCAUUGCGCGAAGGGGCGGCUGCAUCUGGUGGCGUGCCCUUGAUCCUCCAGCGGUGCGUGGAGGAGGUGGAGCGGAGGGGGCUUGACAUCAUCGGGCUCUAUCGCCUCUGUGGCUCUGCCUCCAAGAAGAGCAUUCUCAGGGAUGCUUUCGAGAGGAACCCUCGCACCGUUGACCUCACGCCUGACAACGUUCCGGACAUCAACGUCAUCACCGGUGUGGUGAAGGACUAUCUACGAGAGUUGCCAGAGCCUCUGGUGCCGCCAUCUUUGUCACAAAUGCUGGCUGAGGCUCUGCAGGUCUGCUUACCCGAUGACCCCGAGGGGAAUGCUCGGCUCAUGUUUUCCAUUCUCGACUGUCUACCUCGGGUCAACCGGUGCACGCUGCUGUUCUUGCUGGACCAUCUUCGGUUGGUGAUAGCCCAAAGCGAUAGGAACAAGAUGACUGCUCAGCAUGUUGCCUUGUGUUUUGGGCCUCUCCUCAUGCUCCACUCAGGACCUGGACCUGAGGAGAAUAUGGAUUUUGCCCGGGCAACAAGGAUCCUUCAGUAUCUUCUCGACAUCUGGCCUGCCAAGUCCGGGUCCAAAUACACGGAACUCCUUCAUCAGUUUGAAUGCAGUGGCAUUGUUGUACCUGACGUGUUGGAGCCCUUCCAGCACCAGGCUGGCGAAAUCGAAGAGAAAGGCCAGAAAGGAGAUGAAGAUAUGGACAGUGGCGGAUCCGGGGAGGGGGGGACGAACCACCACUCAUGA